CGCGGAGAUUGAUAGUGAAGGUUGAGAAAUACUGAUCUUAUUCAAAUCCCUUAAGUUAAUACUGUAAUAAGGAGACCAUCUUUGAAACAAUUACGAAAGUCGUGAAUGUACAAGGUAUGUUUUGAUCGGCAUUAUGACGCAUUGUGUCCCGAUGAUCCCGCGUUUAUGUGCGGAUAUGAGCAAAUAGCCUACUAACUACUACGGCUGUGAAUAUCACAUCUGUGAAGGCAAAACAGCACUUCUCCUUUUGGUCAUUUAUCCUAAAUCUUCCUUCAUAUCGUGCCUGGAAGCUUGGUUUGAAGAAAGUGAUGUCUGGUACAAAGGGGAAAUAUGCAGAUAAAUGGCCCAGAUAGCCAAGCUGGAGUGACAAAGAUGGCUACAUUUGAAGAUUAUUGUGUAAUAACCCUGGAAGACUUGGAGGGUCUUAAAGAUUGCAUAUCUACCCAGGAUCUCCCAUCAGCAGUAAAAACGAUCAAGGAGUACUUUAAACAGCAGGAUCUUGUAGAACUAAACAUUGGUGUGACGGGAGAGUCUGGCUCUGGAAAGUCCACAUUUGUCAAUGCGUUCAGGGGUUUAGGAGAUGAAGAAGAGGGCUCAGCUAAAACUGGUGUAGUGGAGACCACUACAGAACCAGAGGUUUACCUUCACCCAAAAUACAAAAAUGUGAAAGUGUGGGAUCUGCCUGGCAUUGGAACGCCAAACUUUAAAGCUGAUGAGUAUCUUGAACGGGUUGAGUUUAAGCGUUAUGAUUUUUUCAUCAUCAUUGCUUCAGAUCGGUUCAGAGAAUGCCACACUCAGCUGGCCAAAGAGAUCAUGAGGAUGGGGAAAACGUUUUAUUUUGUUCGUUCCAAGAUUGACUUCUGCAUUACUGCUGAGAAGAGGAAGAAGAGCUUUGACCAGAAAACAACUCUGGAGACAAUACGAGAGGACUGUGAAAAGGGUCUGCGAAAGAUCGGUAUAAAAGAUCCUGUUGUGUUUCUGAUCUCUGGAUGGGAGCUCGGAAAGUAUGAUUUAAAUGUUCUGCAGGAGAGGAUGGAGAAGGAGCUUCCACAGCAUAAGAGACGAGUGCUGAUGUUGGCUUUGCCAAAUAUUACACUGGAGAUUAAUGAGAAAAAGAAGAAAGCUCUAGAGGAAAACAUUGGAAAAGUUGCCUUCCUGUCUGCUUGUGUGGCAGCUAUUCCUCUCCCUGGACUUUCGAUCGCUGCAGAUAUAGCCAUCAUAGCAGACGAGCUGAGAAAGUACUACCGUGCAUUCGGUCUGGAUGAUCCAUCACUGCAGAGGCUCUGUGAAAGAUCUGGGAAGACCAUCGAGGAGCUGAAGAGUCUAAUGAAGUCUCCCCUCCAUCAAGGCAUAAACCCAAGUUCAAUAUUAACCUUGCUAGGUGCUGCAUCCCUUCUUAUAUCAGAAGAUGCCAUUGAAUUACUUGUGAGCUUCAUACCAAUUGUUGGCACUUUGGUGGCAGGAGGUUUGUCUUAUCUGACAGUCUCAAGAAUGCUCAAGAGAGCUCUGAAUGACAUAGCUGAGGAUGCUAAGAAUGUGCUGAUGGCUUCAUUGGAGACUGAAGUGUAACUGUAAAAAACUAUGAUAAUAUUCAACAUCAUUAUAACUAACUGCUUUUGGGGUAUUUGAAGACAAGUAUAUUUGAUUAUCACAUUUAAUGGCAAAAUAUCUAAUCAACAUUUAUUAUACAGAUUUAUCUUUACAAGUAUUUACUAACAGUUAAUUAUAUCGAAAGCAACUUAUAUUUGAGGAGAAAUACAAACAAAUGAUUAAAUGUUUACGAUUUGAUGUAUUAAUAAUUGUAACAUUUAGAUAAAUAAAUGUAGUUACUGUUGUUUUCAAUAUACUAC